AUGGUUAUCACUUUACUGCUAUCAUGUAUCUUUCUCAUAUUGCUGUGCCAUUACCUUAUUCAUCAUGGAAGAUUUUGGCAACUUAUCGAUCAAAUACCAGGACCACCGCCGCUUUUAAUAAUCGGCAAUGCUCUUUUGUGGUGCACCUGUUCAGUUGAAGAGCAAUUGAAGAUUCUGGAAAAAUACCUUAAGAUUUAUCAUCCUGUUGCUAAGGUGUGGACUUUCAAUAUUGCAGGUGUUCUUGCUAGUCAUCCUGAUGACGUGCAGACAAUAUUAAGCAACUCGAAACAGCAUAUUGGAAAAAGGUAUGCAUACACAUUUUUGUAUCCUUGGUUGGGAACUGGCCUACUUACUAGUGAAGGAACGAAAUGGCAUGAAAGAAGAAAGAUGCUUACGCCAGCAUUUCAUUUUAAUAUGUUGAAACAAUUUGUUGAUAUUUUCAUUGAGGAAGGCAAUUAUAUGACGCAAUGUUUGAAAGAUAUUGAAGGAUCGACUGUUAAUGAUUUAAUCUUCUUUACUAGUCAUUAUACGUUGAAUGUAAUAUGUGAAACCGCUAUGGGAAUUUCUCUGAAAGAUAUGGGCGAAUUUCAACAACAGUAUCGCAAAGCAGUUCAUGAAAUCACUAAACUGAUCAUGGCUAGAGGAACGAACCCGUUGUUUUAUCCUAAUGUGAUUUUUGCAUUUUCGUCACUGUGUAGAAGACAAGCUAAAGUUUUAAAAAUAUUGCAUGGAUUCACCGAGAAACUCGCCAGUCAUCAACUCGGGCGUGAUACUGGCGAAUUAGUCGGAGCCACACACGAAAUCAUCAUAAAUGGCUGUGCCAGCGCCACAGAUUCACCGCAAUACUGGGGCGACUGGGGCUGUGGAUUGGCACUAAUUUUCUUAGAUAGGCUAUGA